GUCCGAGGCCUCCGGGACGCUUGCGGGGGCCGCGGGGGCCGCCGGGGGCGGAGGACGCCGACGACAUGCCUUUCCUGCACGGCUUCCGGAGGAUCAUCUUCGAGUACCAGCCCCUGGUCGACGCCAUCCUGGGCGCCCUGGGCAUCCAGGACCCCGAGCGGCCGGAGCCCCCGGACGGGGCCAGCGAGGAGAGCCGGCUCCUGGCGCUGGCCGAGCUGCUGGCCAGCAAGAAGCACACCCCGUUCUACCACGAGGGCGUGAGCAACGCGCUGCUGAAGAUGGCCGAGCUGGGGCUGGCGCGCCCCGCCGCCGUCCUGCUGCAGAACGGGGCCAACCUCGGCUUCGAAGACCCGGUCACCUACUACACGGCCCUGCACAUCGCCGUCCUGCGGAACCAGCCUGACAUGGUGGAACUGCUGGUGCGCCACGGGGCCGACAUCAACCGCAGGGACCGGAUCCACGAGAGCAGCCCCCUGGACCUGGCCAGCGAGGAGCCCGAGCGUCUGCCAUGUCUGCGGCGCCUCCUGGAGCUGGGCGCAGCUGUCAACGCUGCUGACAAGCACGGGAAGACCGCGCUGCUCCACGCCCUGGCCAGUAGUGACGGGGUCCAGAUCCACAACACCGACAGCAUCCGGCUCCUGCUGGAGGGAGGAGCGGAUGUCAAGGUGACCACCAAGGAUGGGGACACGGUGUUCACCUGCGUCAUCUUCCUGCUGGGCGAGACGGUCGGGGGUGACCCGGAGGAGGCGGCGAUGAUCAACCGCUUCUGCUUCCAAGUGACGCGCCUGCUGCUGGCGCACGGGGCCGACCCCAGCGAGUGCCCGGCCCACGAGUCGCUCACCCACAUCUGCCUCAAGAGCUUCAAGCUGCACUUCCGGCUCCUGCGCUUCCUGCUGGAGUCGGGCGCGGCCUACAACUGCUCGCUGCACGGCGCGGCCUGCUGGUCCGGCUUCCACGUGGUCUUCGAACGCCUCUGCUCGCACCCGGGCUGCGCCGAGGACGAGAGCCACCGGGAGCUGCUGCGCAAGGCCGAGACGGUCCUGGACCUCAUGGUGACCAGCUCCCGGCGGCUGCAGCUGCCCGCCAACUUCGACGUCCGCCCCGUGGGCAGCCUGGCGCCCCGAAUCCAGGCCCUGCACGGCACCCUGCGCCAGCUGGAGCGCUGCCCGCCGCCGCUCAGCCACCUGUGCCGCGUGUCCAUCCGCCUCUGCUUGCAGCCCUGGCCCGUGGACGCCAAGGUCCGGACACUGCCGCUCCCGGACAGGCUCAAGUGGUACCUGCUCAGCGAGCACAGCAGCGCCUCGGACGAGGAUGCCUGAGCGGGGCGGCCGGGUCCUGCCUGCCGGGCCCUUCCAUGGCCGCGCCUUGAGGGACUGCUCGCUGGGCUUUGCUGCGGCGGCAGGACGCUGAGUUCAUGCAAGCACCAGGAAGUGGUCGCCGGCGCCAGGAGUCGCAGCAGGACCCGGCGCUGGCUUCUCGGUCCUAUUGAUCCUCCCCCCAGAUGUGCCAGGUAGGGGACCUCGGACCCCCAACCCCAUCCUCUGGAGACCAGUCAGUGGAUGGGGGUGUUGUCGCAGCACCACUGCCUGCGUCCACCCAGCUGGGCUGGGCCUCACUGGCCACCGGCUGCAGCCUCGGGACAGAUAUUUAUGUUACAGAAUUAAACCCAUUCCUUUUGUU